AAUUACAAUAAUAAUAGUCUACUAUACACUGCACACAAAAAAAUAAAAAGAAUGUGGAGCAGUGAGUUGAGUAGGUGUUGUAUCACUGCCACCAAUCAUAUAAAUACUAACCAAUCCACAUCACAUCUGCAACUCAAACCACCAACGAAUCCAUCACUCUGCCACCCUUACUGCAACCGCCAUCGGAACCGCCGUCGCAGCAGCAUUACCAUAUCCAUGGCCAUGACAGAAUCAAGAAAUGAUAACAGUAAUACGUUCACAGGAAAUAUAAAGUCAAGGGAAGAGCUUAACAAAGGUAUUGCAGACUUGUAUGAUGAAUCUUCUGCUAUGUGGGAAGAUAUCUGGGGUGACCAUAUGCACCAUGGUUAUUAUGACCCUUCUCAACCCGCCUCGCUUUCGCAACACCGCGCUGCUCAGAUCCGAAUGAUUGAGGAGGCUCUCCGCUUCGCCGGUGUUACAGAUGAUCCAAGCAAACAACCGAAAGCUAUAGUUGAUGUUGGGUGUGGGAUUGGAGGCAGCUCACGAUACCUAGCCAAGAAGUUCGGGGCUACAACUCAAGGAAUAACCUUGAGUCCAAAACAAGCUGAAAGAGCUCAAGCUCUUGCUGUUUCUGAGGGUUUAGCUGAUAAGGCAUCCUUUCAAGUAGCAGAUGCUUUGGAGCAGCCAUUUGAAGAUGGAAAGUUUGAUUUGGUUUGGUCAAUGGAGAGCGGUGAACAUAUGCCUGACAAAAAGAAGUUUGUCACUGAAUUGGCUCGAGUUGCUGCCCCCGGUGCUACAAUCAUAAUCGUGACAUGGUGUCAUAGGGACCUCUCUGCCUCUGAGGAGGCCUUGAAGCCUGAUGAAACUGAACUCUUACGGAAAAUAUGUGAUGCUUACUAUCUUCCUGCCUGGUGCUCUGCAGCUGAUUAUGUAGAGUUGCUGCAAUCUCUGUCUCUCCAGGACAUUAAGGCUGAAGAUUGGUCACAGUAUGUUGCGCCGUUUUGGCCAGCAGUUAUACGAUCUGCAUUGACAUGGAAGGGCAUAACUUCGCUAUUGCGCAGUGGAUGGAAAACGAUAAAAGGGGCAUUAGCAAUGCCAUUGAUGGUAGAAGGAUACAAGAAGGAUCUUAUCAAAUUUGCGAUUAUUACAUGUCGAAAGCCAGAGUAAUUUUAUCUGCUAGUUACAGAAGAUUGCUUCUUUGAUCUAUGAAAGCUCAAUCCUUUCAGCAAUCACCUACAAAAAUAGUAUCUAAAUUUAUUCUUCGAUUAUUUGGGUAUUUCUUUGUCUAGGACUCUUGGGAUGUUCCAUUCCCAAAACAGUUGAAGUAGAACAUAGAGAAGGAUUGUUAUUUUCACUCUUUAUCCUCCAAAUAAAAGUAUGUGAAAUUCAAUUUCAUAUUGAUGAAUGAUACCGUA